CUACUCCAGCCGCACUGUGGAAGCACGGACACACGUUCUCCGCUGCACCGAAGCGACAUUCACAAACAUUACCAUCGUCCCAGUUUCUGUCUGGCCAUAACCGAGAUGCACUGUUCCAGCGUCAAGAGAAAACUGAAUGCAGUAUGUAUUUUUGUUUGUCCAUUUAGUGGAUAAAGGAGAAGAGCAUUCCUCGUGAGAGCUGCAGCAUUCCUCCUGCGUCUGCUCGUAGGUACUGAAGUAAACGUUUCUUUUAGUGAUUGAGACGAAUUCAGCAGCACAGGCAACAGAUAGUUGCGAGCUCCGGCCGUCUACCGCUCUGAGUACAUGAGUGAUCGGAUCCCCGAUAAUCAUCCCUAACAUUCUCCUCGUGGACUGCCCAUUGAGCACUUUGAUCGCGAAGCGUUGGAGUCACCACUCCCCAUAUGAUACCACAGCGCCCUGUGCAAACACAUCACACCACUCCGAAAUGCAACGAAGGGGGAAUUCAUCUUGCACAGGGAGCACCGGUAAGGCUUCAAGUCGGAGAGGUUCAGCUCGUCAGCCGGUCAUGCCUUACCACAAUCCCCUAUCUACCGUCACACACUUACAGCCAUCUUUGAAGGAACCAAGCUUCAGUCCACCUUCAGGUAUCAUCCAGCAGCCACAUCACAAAGGGCCUACAGACAAUCACGUCUUUGAAAGGAGUCAGGCACCUGCAUCGGAAGCUGCAUAUUUAGCCAGAUCUUUAGCCAUGACACCAUCAAUGGAAGAAAGAAGCACUAAGCAAAGGGAAGCAGAAAGACAAAGCAGCAUAGACAAGCAGUUACAGGAGCUGAGUAUCUCAUCAGCUACUACUGUCACAGUUUCUCCACCUUCCACUAUUGCUGCUGUCCCUACUGCUGCUGCUGCUGCUGCUGCUGCUGCUGCUGCUGCUACUGCUGCUGCUGCUGCUACUGCUGCUGCUGCUGCUGCUGAUGAUGGUGAUCAUGAUCAUGAUGAUGUGCCUGAUUUUCCACAAGAUGCUAAUCAGGCUGCGAGUGAAGCAUACCGAGAAACACCAGCAAGUUCCGAACAGCAAACGGCUGAUCUGAGAGAAAUUUUCGGCUUUCACUUAAAUCAGCAGCAGCAGCAGGAACAGAUGAAAUUUGCGCGGACAACCCAAGCCAGCAAAGCAAUGGUGUACGAUGUGUUCAAGUUGACCGUAGGGCACAUUGAAAUCCUGGAAAGACUGGAGAUGGAAGAGAUGAACAAGGUGCCACCUUCAAUGUCAUCAUCCAGCGAGAAGCUAUAUGAAACCAUGAAGCACAAUCAUGACGGCACCCGGAUCACUGUUGAUGAGAUGAUUCAGCGAUGCAACAACUACCUUCUGAGCUUGGCGAUCCAGAUGGGCUCCUGCCACCCAGAAGCACGUUUUCAACUGAAGGAACAGCUGAGGAAAGAGGUGGCUGAUUGGAUUCGUACCUGCGAUUUGAGAAUAGAUAGUGUUUGCCAUUUCAUAACGAAUAUGGACCGAGCAAUUCAGCAGAAAGAGCCCCAAUUAAUGUCAACAAGAUCACCCCCACCACCACCACAAUCACCGGCAUGUAUGGCUCAAACAUUGGGACGGGUCUUCCAGGUCGUCCAAGGUGGUUUGGUAACGAGCGACGAGCUGCAGAAGGACUACGAGGAUAAUCCCAAUCUUCAAGCCCGCCUCCCUGAGUUCAGGAACCAGGUCAGUUUUCGCUGAUUUGCAGUCAUUGGCACUCAUUGCUAUAACAUCACCAUGACAUCACCGCUACAUCAUCAUGACAUCACCAUUACAUCAUCAUGGCAUCAACAUAGACCAUCAUUUCAACAAGGGUUUUAGUUUUAGUUUUGUUUUAUUCCAAGCAAUACAUGGCUGGGGAAGCCAAUGACCACUUUUCGUGGCGAUUGCAGGGUUUGUGUAGCCAACCACGGCCAGCAAGAAAGGAAAAAGAAGGUGAAAAGAAAAGGAAAAAGAGAGUACAUAGAAGCAGAACUUCAUGUCUUUUUUCUAGUGCUUUUUCUCUUCUAUUUUUGGCUUAUUCCAUUAUCACUGUACACGUAUAUGUCAUAAUUGACAUUCUUUAGGCAUAACCACGUCAUCUAUUUGUUCAUAAACGUAUCCAUUCUCGCAUUACGCACCUCCGCACAGGACAUAUUGGAGCGAGCCACAUUGUCCUCUGUCCGCACACUGUAUUCACAUACAAGUAGAAAACAGUAUUGAUUCAUGCAUUUUCUGAAAGUUCAAUUUGUACAUUCGUACCCUCACAUA